AUGGAGGACCACACCGAGCACCCUGAGCGCGCGAACGCGUCGAGCCUGGGCGCCUUGCCCCAGCCUCCGCCGGCUGUACAAGCGGUGACCUUGACUCUGGUGCCUCUCGUGUGCGCCAUGGGUGUGGCCGGCAACGCCAUGGUGGUCCUGGUGGUACUCCGGGGCCGCCACAUGGUCACGCCCACCAACUGUUACUUGGUGAGCCUGGCCGCGGCGGACCUGCUGGUGCUCCUGGCGGCCGGAGUGCCCACCGUCGCCGAGGCGGCGUCCGCCCGCGUUUGGGUCUUCGGCCACGCAGGCUGCCUGGGCAUCACCUACCUGCAGUACGUGGGCAUCAACACGUCCACGGGCUCCAUCGCCGCGUUCACGGUGGAGCGCUACCUCGCCAUCUGCCACCCGCUGCGCGCCCAAACUCUGUGCACCGUGGCGCGGGCCAAGCGCAUCGCGGCUUUGCUGUGGCUGGGCACCAGCGCCUACUGCGUGCUCUGGCUCUUCCUGGUGGACACACGCGAGACCGCGUACGCCGACGGCGUGCAGGUGCAGUGCGGCUGCGUGUCGCGCUCUCUCUACCUGCCCGUCUACUUCCUGGACUUCGCGCUCUUCUACGCGCUGCCCCUGGGCCUGGCCACCGUGUUCUACUUGCUCAUAGCGCGCGUCCUCUUCGCGCGGCCGCUGCCUCCUGCGCACCCGGGGCACUGCAAGAAAGGCGCCCUCAACUCCCGGAAGCAGGUCACCAAGAUGCUGGCUGUGGUGGUGGUGGUUUUUGCUCUGCUGUGGCUGCCCUACCGCACCCUGGUGGUGGUGAAUUCCUUCCUGAGCCCGCCCUACCUCAACCUUGGCUUCCUUCUCUUCUGCCGGCUUUGCAUCUACCUGAACAGCGCGGUCAACCCCGUCAUCUACACCCUUAUGUCCCAGCGCUUCCGGGAGGCCUUCCGGGGACUAUUUCAGUGCCAGCUGGCCCGGCCCAAGCUCCCGCCCCAGGAGGCCACCCCUGUGUACUACAGUGUCAUCAAAGACUGUCCCCAGAUCAGACUGGGCUCUUAGAGGGAACCAGGGAGCAUGAUGUGCAGACAGGAUCCUGGCACCUGAGGGCAAGGCCCACUACUUUAUUUCUACCGAGGAGGGAGCGGUGGAGGAGGGAGUGGCGUCCAGGGCUGUUUAACAGAGGUGUGCAGGUUGGGCACUUUACAACCCUAGGGGUCACCGUUCACAUCACAGCCUAGAUUUGUAUAUUUAGUAAAACAAUUUCCCAUUUUAAUAAAUAGACAAAUCUAAGCGGGAGGCACCUUUUUAUAAUUUACACAAAGGCACUCGAGGGCCUAGAGGCAGCCUGGGUGGGUCAACAUUUGCAGAGACUGAGUAGGGUAGGAGCUAUUACCGGGGAUCUCUUGGGAAUCUGUGGGCCCUCUUCCUGAAAAUGCAGAGAGCCUUCCCCCACCCAAGGAUAAACCCCAGACGCUGCCUCCCUCUGAAUGGUGACAUGUGACUUUGUCGGGGACCUGCUCC